AUGUGAACUCUAUGUGUAUCAUGUAUCCCGCCCAUUAUUAGUUUCCGCCAGAUAAACUUGCCGCGGCUAUAUAAAGUGUUGGGUUGGGAUGUCCAGAAUACAGACAAGUAGGGUUGAACCUAAAACAAGACAGCAAAAUGAAACGCAGCCUAUCCCUGUUUACGCUCUUAUGCUCGCUUCAGCCCGUUUUUUCGCUUCUAGAUAACGGUGUCUGUCUUCUCCAAGUGGACGAGGGGCCGUGCAGAGCAUUGAUUCCGAGAUAUUAUUAUAACACCAUCACUCAGAAAUGCGAGGAGUUUCACUAUGGAGGGUGCAAUGGGAACGCCAAUAACUUCAAGAGUUAUAAGGAGUGCCUGAAAACAUGCUAUAGAAUCCCAAAAGUCCCACAAAUGUGUAGAUUCCCCCAGGAGAUCGGCCCGUGCCGGGCCCACCACAAGCUCUAUUCCUUCAACAUGACCACCAUGCAAUGCGAAGCAUUUGGCUAUGGAGGCUGCCAGGGCAAUGAAAACCGCUUCCUGGACCUCAAAGUCUGCAAUGAAUACUGCAGCCCCCACAAAACCAUUCCUAUUCUGUGCCUGGAUUUGCUGGACAGAGGGAAGUGUGCGGCGUCAAUCCCACGCUUCUACUAUAAAGCAUCCAGCGGGACCUGCGAGGAGUUCAGCUACUCAGGCUGUGGCGGCAGCAGCAACAACUUUGUAUCUAGGAGGAGCUGCACGGACCUCUGCGUUAAAAGUGUCUGUCUUCUCCAAGUGGACGAGGGGCCGUGCAGAGCAUUGAUUCCGAGAUAUUAUUAUAACACCAUCACUCAGAAAUGCGAGGAGUUUCACUAUGGAGGGUGCAAUGGGAACGCCAAUAACUUCAAGAGUUAUAAGGAGUGCCUGAAAACAUGCUAUAGAAUCCCAAAAGUCCCACAAAUGUGUAGAUUCCCCCAGGAGAUCGGCCCGUGCCGGGCCCACCACAAGCUCUAUUCCUUCAACAUGACCACCAUGCAAUGCGAAGCAUUUGGCUAUGGAGGCUGCCAGGGCAAUGAAAACCGCUUCCUGGACCUCAAAGUCUGCAAUGAAUACUGCAGCCCCCACAAAACCAUUCCUAUUCUGUGCCUGGAUUUGCUGGACAGAGGGAAGUGUGCGGCGUCAAUCCCACGCUUCUACUAUAAAGCAUCCAGCGGGACCUGCGAGGAGUUCAGCUACUCAGGCUGUGGCGGCAGCAGCAACAACUUUGUAUCUAGGAGGAGCUGCACGGACCUCUGCGUUAAAAUUCCGGGACAUAAUAAUCGCCAGUACAACGCAAACAGACGGCGGGAGCGAAGAUACCGAAACAAUAUGGUUAAAGAUGAACUUGCUUAGAGGUUCCACCUCCUCAUGAAUGGAUCACUCAAUGCAACCUGGUUUGAAGUAGGACUAUCGUCUGCCAUCCUGCGGUGGCUGCCUGAAUAAUGACAUUGCACUGCUCCCUGUAUUCGACUACAGUCAAUAUUAUACUGUGAAGUGGGGCAGUUGAAACAGAGAGUUUCCAUGUGAAUGUGAAUAAUCCAACAUAUCAUUUUUGGAUUAAUGAGUAUUAUCAAGUUGGAGACUUCUGCACUAAUGUGACCGAUCUUGGAUUUGUAUACGUUGUUAUAUCUUGUAUAUGUACAAUUUAUAUAGAUAUAUGUAUAUGAAAAUAUGCGUGUGUGAGUUUGCACAGAUGAGUGUUUGUGUGUGUGUGUGUGUGUGUGUGUGUGUGUGUGUGUGUGUGUGUGUGUGUGUGUGGGGGUGUGGGGGUGUGGGGGUGUAGUCAUCUACAAUAUUCUGACAAUGGUCAAUUUGACUUUGUUCUUUUUUCAUCAAAUAAAAUAUAUUUGUAAUGAUA